GCUGCUCCGCGGCUGGAGUUGUGUGUGCAGCCCGUCGGUGCUGCCGGGCGGGCAGCUCCGUCUUGCGGGGCGCCUUCUUCACGCUUCGGGCAUGUAGCUCAUGCCAGACGUAGGCCGGCCCCGUGGGCCUCAGGGGAGGCAGAAGCCCUGCGUGCCCGCGGGUUCACUGGCUGGUUUCUCAAGGCAGAGUGCUGCAGUGAGGUAUCCAAGGCCUCCAGAUCGCCUCCGCCUGUUUGCGUUGCCCCUGCUGCAACAAGACCAGUCUAGGUAUGGUCCAAAAAUGCCUCUUGCAGUGGAUUGCACUGCUGAACUGAUUCGUUGCAAGGUCCUGGAUUCAUCUGGCAGAUUGAAGUCGCAUGAGCUCAUCCUCUCUUAUGGGCUGGCUCUUGUAAGGUUUGUCAACUUGAUCACAGAAAGGAAGCAGAAAAUGGUCAGCAUUCCUCUGAGACAAUUAGCCAGAGAGGUGGAUAUCCCCAUCUGGGUUGUGGAUCUCCGUCAUGAGCUGACCCACGGGAAGCUGCCGCGGCUAGCUCUGUGCCGCAAGGGUUGUGAUGUUGUGCUGGAGUGGCUACGCAAGACGUAUUGGAGCCGUCAGCUGGGCAAUAACUUGUGUGAAGAAAGUGAGGACGAGGAAGAGGAAGAGGAGCAGGAAGGGGUGGAAGCAAAUGCAGAGCUGGACAAUGAUGGGUGGGAGAUUCGAACUCCACAGCAUGAGGCCUGUCAGAAACACAAGGAAUUUCAUGAGAAAGUCAGAGAUGUGCUGAUAUCCUACAAGAAUGAGCAGUUUCGGGUUAUGCAGACUGUGCAGUCUGUUUCAAAAUCUCGAGAACUGUGGUCCGACUCCUCUUCAGAAGUGGACUGGAUUUUGGCUCAGAUCAAAGACCUGAUGCAAGAGAACAGGGAGACAGUGGCUGAAGCUCUUCUCAGUGAUGGCUUUCUCAUCCCAAAGAUGGAUUGUCUGAAGAUGCUAAAUAUCAAGUAUGAAGCAAAUAAAGAGGUAUGGCAGUUCAAAAUUCCUCAGACGUUUUACUGCUUUUGGCAGCCUUUGCUGACAGGCCUCCUCUCCCGAAGUUUUACACAGAUCCUAAUAGAGAAAAUGUUUAUGGAGUUGAAGGAAUGUUCUGACUCUUCAGAACUGCGGCCUCAGUUCUUGAUCAACUGGAUUUCUGAGAUGCUGACUGGCAUUGCCAAAGUAAAUGCUGGGAAGAAAAGACAACACUGUAACAAACAGGUGUCCACGAAGGAGCUGUUCCUCCAUAAAGUUCCUUUGCAGUGGAUAAGACUGACUGAUAAUUGCUUGGAAGCUCCCUGCUGGGCAACCCCACACCUUCUUCAGCUGAUCCUCACAAUCAUGAGACCUCGCUUGCCACGUUCUUCGCGGAAGAACCUUCUCUAUCUCGCUUCUGUUUACACAGAAGGAGGUGGCCCUUUGUCCAGUCCAGGCCUCUCUUCAGACUGCAGUGAACAGCCAAUUUACACUAUAGAGAGCCUACAGUGGAGGGCCAGGCAAGAAAAUCAGGUUAAAAAUCAAGGGCAGACUGUAGAGAAACAAGAAGAUGUGCUGGAGAGAGAUGAUGGUGUAGAGGAGGUGGAGGAGGAGGAAGAAGAGAUGGUAACUGAAACAAAUCCUUUGGAAGGACUUGCUCAUUCCGGUAACAUGGUGGCUAUUGCUGAGAAAAGGGCAGCACUGCAAGGGUCUGCCUGGCAGAUCACUGCAGAUGAAGUACGAUGGAAAGACUUUCCUCUUGGGAAACUCCCAGGUCAGACAGAUGACCCUGAUGGUCUCAUGCUGGAUAAUUACUCCAUGAUGUCCCUGCUUGAUCAGCCAGUGAGAGAUGAGUGGAAGUCUUCCAAUACAAAACUUAAAGCAAAUGAAGGUAAUGAACUGCAUAAUGGGUUUCCUGGAGCAUGGAGUUUGACAUUAAUUUGGAAAAAGCGCUUUGGACAAGUCAUGUCACAGAAGCAGAACCUCUUGCUGCAGCCCUAAUUCACCAGGUCCACAGAUGAGAAUGGAGUGCUUGGUGAUCUUAUGAUGCAUUUAAUCUAUGUUGUUUAAAAUCUGCCUGAAUUCUGCCUGCCUUGUUUGAGGUCUGUGCUUCUUACUAAAUAGUUCCUAUGAAUCUGUAGCAAAACUUGAUUACAUACCAGGAAAAAUACGUUUCAGUUGACAACCUCCCUUCCCUUUUAAAGAUGAGCUCUAUCUUGAGAGACAACCAAGAGCCCAUCUCUUUUCCUGUGUUUCACUUCUUUUUCUGCUUUUGUUGUUGUUUCUGGAUGUUCAGAAAAUUGGAGAAUGUGCCUUCCCUAUGCUGAAAGCAACAGCCUAGCUAUCCACGAAGUUUUCCCCCACAAGGAUGCUGGAUAAGUUAUUUUUUGUUCUUUCUCUGCUCAUAGUUUCCUGCCUGCCACUUAUGACACAGUUUGUGGAACUUUUGGACAUUUGUGGAACACUUUUGUGGAACCCUUUACACACAGUUUCUGUGGUUUGCCAUCAGAUCUUCCCAAAGAUGAGCAUGCUGUUUCCAAAACAGAAUAGCCUGGAUCUCAGAGAAGCAAAAUAGUUCAAAAAAGAUGAAUCCACCCAAACCCAGUGAAUUUUGAGGCUGUACUCCAUUGUCACGUAUUUAGCUGUCUUUGCAGAUAUACUAUUGGAAGAAACUAGUGGCAAGCAAGUGGCUGGGGGAAAAAGUAGCACUUAUUAUGGAAAUGGCACUUUCUCCCUUGAAUCCCAAAUAAUAAAGUGCUGUUAUUCUGCUUGGUGAUACUCCAGUUUCUUCCCUCCUGAAAAGUGGUUGAUCUGCUAUGAUGAGCUUGUUCUUGGCAACCUUCUUGCAGUACAGUUAAGACAGAGAAUGAUGUCAGUGUCUGUCCCCUGAAUCCCUGUCCUGGGAAUGACAGCAGGUCUGUGAAGUCAUGAAUGAUGAGGAGUAUACAUCACAAGGGAGGAAAAAUUUUCCCAUUAGCAGGCUGAAUUCAGGAUAGUUUCCAACAGCCAGAGGAAGACUGUUGCGUCAUUACACUGGGUGUGAUAGCUGUGAUGUUUCUGUGUUGGCUUUGUCUGCAAGGCCUCUGGCAGUGUCUCAUCUGAACAGGGAGUGUCUAAGAGGUGUUUUGACCUUAAAGGAGAAAUUAUCUGUCUCUCAGGAGCUCUGAACAACAGCCUCUGCUAUAUAGCCAGUUAUUCCUGUACUGAACAUCUGGAAAAGGCAUUGAGUUUUUUGGUGUAUAGCUUGAAGUUGCUGUAUAAAUAAAACCUUCCAAACAUCUCAA